UUAAAUAUAUAAUUAGAAAAGUUUCUUUGAGUUCAUGACUAAAGCAAAGUUUCUCUUGGGACAAUGUAGUUAAAAUUAUAUUUUUAAAAUAAAAAUAAGAAUAAUAAUAAAUAGCUACUCUUAUAUUUUGUAGUCAUUUUGUUAAUAUACUAGUAUAAUAUUUGUCAUACCUGAAAACAUCUCUUAGUAUUUGAUUAACUUCAAAUGAUUUUUUGUUUAAAUUACAUCAUUUGUCCAAAAUGUUGUUGCUACUGGAGAAAAAAAACUACUAUUUUAAAAUGCUAAACUCUGUCAGAGUUUUACUCUAAAAUAACUUUUUAAAAAAACGUCCUAAGUGAAUCUGAAUGUUUGACAUAAAGUCUUCAGUUCUCAGCGCGGUCGAGGUGAGGCGGGCUGAAGGAGCGCAGGUUGUGUGAACUCUUGUGAAAGACUGAGAUCAGCGGAAGUGCGUUGAGUUAAUUGAUUAACGGGUCAGAAAUCAUUCUCCUUGUUCGACUCAGCGUGCUCCAACCGACCGAACCUUCAGUUCACAACAGAAAACCUAAAAUCAGGAUUUCCUUUGUCUAAAAAUAUAAAUUCUGAUCAAAGUCAAAGCACUUUUUGGGGGAAAAUAAUGGCAGAAACAUGCAUUAAAAAUAAUACAACUCCUUCUCAAACAAUCAUCUAGCUCCCAAAAAUAAAAACUUUAUUUCAGGAGUUUAGAUCUCUGCAGCCUUUUAAACACAGAGCAGUCAGGAAAGCUCCCAGAGUCCUUUUGGUAAAUGAGUUAGCCAGUUUAUUGACCCUCUGUUUAAAUAGGCCAGUUGGACUUUCUCCUGCUCCAGAAGCUGCCCUCACACCACCCUGAACAUUUGAGCGUUUGCACCUCGUUCCCUCUGAUCAUGCGACUGGCUCUCCUCUCCCUCACCCUGAUUACUGUACACGUUUCUGUAACGGUGGACUGCAGACCGCCGCACCGACGUCCCACCGGCAGCUUGAAACCUGCAGCCGGUGCCCAUACGUCUGCCGGCGCGGGACUGUUCCACACGGAACCAAAUGGAUCAAUGGGAAAACAUGUUCACAGAGGYCUUCUGGAGUUUUUUCCUUUAAGAAAAAAGACAAACAGUUUUGUGUCGAUCUUUGGUUUGAGAAAAAGGCGCUUCCUGUGUGCAGACGUAAACAGAGAGCUGCACAAGUCUAGGAGAAAGGACAGGAGGGAUUGUCUCUUCCAGCAUCUUUGGUUGAAGCUGGGAAGCCCACGUGAUGCGUAUCACUCUACGAGUGAGAACCGGCUGCUCAGACCAGGGGGAGGUGGUCUACGCGUGGCUCAGAGGUUCCCGCAUCCUUCUGUAAAGAGGCAGAGACGGAGCGAGGAGGUGAACCCCGCUGACCCUCUGCGAUCAGAAUCCCACCCGUCUCAUCCUCCAAAACACGUAAACCCCGGUCAUCCGGAACAGGAGCAGGCGGGCGCCGUGUCCAAAGAAACCAUCUCGUCCUGCGACGACCCCCUGAGGGUCUUACAAGCCAACGGGCAUGGCAGCCCAGUCAAGACGAACAUCGCAGACCGGGCAGAACACCGAUAAGAACUUUAGGUUAAGUAAAAAACAAAUUAAAGUCUUUAUGUUAAACAUAAAGAUUUUAUAAGUGACGGCAUCUUGGGGGUAGAUCCUCCGAGGUAGAAACAGCAAAGACCACCAACUAUCUAAGGUGAUUUAUUCUUCUUUUGUGACAGAAAACCUGUCAGAAAAGAGAUAAAAUCUUUAAAAUAAGGUGCUUCAAUCAAGUUUUAUCUGACCACAGCCAGGUCUCCUGUUUGAACAACACAUGAUAGAGAAACUUGGUAAAACGUUUGGUCCUGUUGUCCUUUAACCUCCACCGUCUGUUAAAUUUUAAUCCUUGAACCAGAUGAGGCAAUCUUUGUUUUACUUUUGUAAAACUGAGGAACUGGGAUUAAUCCAAACAGAGAAAAGGUUUAGAACAACCCAAACCGAGGCCUGAAACUUCCAGAACAAAUGUGAAUAAAUCAGAUGAAAGCACUCAUAUAAAGUGAUCCGGUGCUGGACACCAAAACGUCCCCAGCAAUAAAACUAUUUAUUUAUUGAAACAUGUUUAAUGACUUUAUCUCUGACUUGAUGCUUGUUAUUUAUAUAUUUCAUGAUGUUCUGUUUCUGACAAGAAAGAACAAAAAUAAAUAGUAACUAUUCUG